AUGAUCAAAAUGCGGUGGAGUAUUUUAGCGUUGGCCUGCGUGGUCGUGGCGGUGUACGCCGACGACAAGAAGGACAAGGAGAAGGACAUCGGCACCGUGAUCGGUAUCGACUUGGGUACCACCUACUCUUGUGUUGGUGUGUACAAGAACGGCCGUGUGGAAAUCAUUGCUAAUGACCAGGGUAACCGUAUCACUCCCUCAUAUGUGGCUUUCACUGCUGACGGAGAGCGUCUCAUUGGUGAUGCUGCCAAGAACCAGCUGACCACCAACCCCGAGAACACCGUCUUUGAUGCCAAGCGUCUUAUUGGUCGUGAAUGGAGUGAUUCUACUGUUCAACAUGAUGUCAAAUUCUUCCCCUUCAAGGUGGUUGAGAAGAACAGCAAACCUCAUGUUUCUGUUAUGACCUCCCAGGGCGACAAAAUCUUUGCUCCUGAAGAAAUCUCAGCUAUGGUUCUCACCAAAAUGAAGGAGACUGCUGAGGCUUACCUGGGUAAGAAGGUGACCCACGCUGUCGUUACUGUCCCUGCUUACUUCAACGACGCUCAGCGUCAAGCCACCAAGGACGCUGGUGCUAUCGCCGGUCUUCAGGUCAUGAGAAUCAUCAACGAGCCUACCGCCGCCGCUAUCGCUUAUGGUCUUGACAAGAAGGAAGGCGAGAAGAACGUGCUCGUAUUUGACUUGGGUGGUGGUACCUUCGACGUGUCUCUGCUCACCAUCGACAAUGGAGUGUUUGAAGUAGUAGCCACCAAUGGUGACACUCACUUGGGUGGUGAAGACUUUGACCAGAGAGUCAUGGAGCACUUCAUCAAGUUGUACAAGAAGAAGAAGGGCAAGGACAUCAGGAAAGACAACCGUGCCGUACAGAAGCUUCGUCGUGAAGUUGAGAAGGCCAAGAGAGCCCUGUCCUCCAGCCACCAAGUCAAGAUUGAAAUCGAAUCAUUCUUCGAAGGUGAAGACUUCUCCGAGACUCUUACCAGGGCUAAGUUCGAGGAGUUGAACAUGGACCUCUUCAGAUCUACUCUUAAGCCUGUGCAGAAGGUAUUGGAAGACGCCGACAUGAACAAAAAGGAUGUUGAUGAGAUCGUGCUUGUCGGUGGUUCUACCCGUAUCCCCAAAGUACAGCAAUUGGUCAAGGAAUUCUUCAAUGGAAAGGAGCCUUCCCGAGGUAUCAACCCUGACGAGGCUGUCGCUUACGGUGCCGCCGUCCAGGCUGGAGUACUAAGCGGUGAACAAGACACUGAUGCUAUUGUGCUACUCGACGUCAAUCCUCUUACCAUGGGUAUCGAGACUGUCGGAGGUGUCAUGACCAAGCUUAUCCCCCGUAACACCGUCAUUCCUACCAAGAAGUCUCAGAUCUUCUCCACAGCUAGUGACAACCAGCACACUGUUACCAUCCAGGUGUACGAAGGUGAACGUCCAAUGACCAAGGACAACCACUUGCUCGGAAAGUUCGACUUAACUGGCAUUCCUCCUGCACCUCGUGGUAUCCCUCAGAUCGAAGUUACCUUCGAAAUCGACGCUAACGGUAUCUUGCAAGUGUCUGCUGAGGACAAGGGUACUGGAAACCGAGAGAAGAUUGUCAUCACUAAUGACCAAAACAGACUGACACCUGAAGAUAUCGAGAGGAUGAUCAAGGAUGCCGAGAGGUUCGCCGAUGAAGACAAGAGGCUCAAGGAGCGCGUUGAGGCCAGGAACGAACUGGAAAGCUAUGCUUACUCCAUCAAGAACCAGCUCCAGGACAAGGAGAAGCUUGGCUCUAAGUUGAGUGACGACGAGAAGUCAAAGAUGGAGGAGGCUAUCGAUGCCGCGAUCAAGUGGCUCGAAGACAACCAGGAUGUCGACUCAGAAGAAUAUAAAAAACAGAAGAAGUCCCUGGAGGACGUUGUUCAGCCCAUCAUCGCCAAGUUGUACCAAGGACAAGGAGGCGUGCCCCCGCCUGGCGCGGGAGGUGAGGAUGAAGAUUUCAAGGACGAGUUGUAA